AUGCCUCACCCCGUCUCGCCUCCCAUGAACCACAACGCCCUCCCCUUCAUCCCCAAAGCCGCUACCGUCGACGGCGCGUCAUCGCAGGCCGAAGUGACCGCCAUCCUCAAUACCGUCUUUACAGCGACCACCUCCAACGCCUCUAUCGAAGCCGCCUACAAGCUCUGCGAUGUGCUCCUCGAGAACCCGGCAGUCGGUGUUCGCGGCCUAACGUCAUACGGCAUCCUCGCUGAGGUCCGCAAGGCUGCUGCCGACAAGAAGAGCGGCCUCCGCCGCGAGAGUGCCCAGAAUCUGCUGGGCGCUCUCUUUGAGCGCUUCCCGGCCAAGCAGCCCGCAAGCGAGGUCAACUUCUUGCUGCAGGAUGGCGGCAUGGUCGCUUGCGCUCUCGACGCCCUUGCGGACAAGGGCAGCGUCGUCCGCGAUGCCGCCCAGUACGGUCUCGACGCUCUCUUCACCCAUCUGCGUGCCGAGUCUCUAGUUACCGGGUUGCUACCCGCCCUCGUCACCUACCUUGGCAAGAAGACCGGUAAGUGGCAGGGUACCGUUGGCGCCCUGAAGCUGCUCCAGCGCAUGGCCGACAAGACCAAGAUUGCACUCGGCACAACCAAGGAGGAGGCCAUUGAGCAGGAUGUGCUGCGCGACCUGAUGGGCUCCAAGCUUGCCACGCUCAUUCCCAUUGCAGAGGCCGCCAUGAGCGAUCUCAAGUCCGAGGUCGAGAAGCAGGCUGUCGUCACCAUGACCUCGCUCACUACCCUGCUGUCCAACGACGACGUCGCUCCGCGCAUCCCCCUCCUCAUCGACACUAUGCAGCACCCCUCCCCCGCGACCCUCCAGAAGGCCAUCCACGCCCUGGCCCACACCACCUUUGUCGCCAUUGUCACAUCGCCCGUUCUCGCCCUUUUGACUCCCUUCCUCGAACGCUCGCUUAACAACCCGAAUACCGCCCAGGAGGUCCUGCGUCAAACUGUCGUCAUCACGGAGAACCUGACCAAGCUGGUCCACGACCCCAUCGAGGCCCGCACAUUCCUGCCCAAGCUGCAGCCCGGUGUGAAGGCCGUCAAGGACCGUGCCUCGCUCCCCGAGGUUCGCGAGAUGGCGACGCGCGCCCUCAACGUCAUGGACAUUGCCAUGGCUACAGAUAAGAGCGGCGCCGCUGUCGUUGUUGAGAAGACGUCCGCCGAAGAUGUCGGCAAGGUUUUGGACAAGGCUAUUAAGAACGAUGGCGGUCUGCUGGCUGGCAACUCGGAUCUCUUCAACGGUCUGCGCCCGUACCUGACGACCAUGGUCUCUGAGGAUGUCAACUUCCGCUAUGUUAACCGCAUCGCCUCCCUCGUCAGCCCCUACCUGACUAGCCUGGUCGCCAACCAUACAGCCGUCGCACAGGCUGUUGAGACCUUCUAUGUCGAGGAGGACCAGCGCAAGUUCGGUGUUCCCGAAAAGGAGGACGAUGGCGAGGUCGAGAUUGUCAACGCCGACUUCUCUCUCGGCUACGGUGGUAUGCUGCUGCUGUCGCACACCAACAUGCGCCUGCUCAAGGGCCAUCGCUACGGCCUUGUUGGUCGCAACGGUGCCGGCAAGUCCACUCUCAUGCGCAGCAUUGCUGGCGGUAAGCUUGAGGGUUUCCCGCCCCAGGAUGUCUUGCGCACCUGCUACGUCGAGCACAACCAGGGUGAGGAUGCCGAGAUCAGCAUCCUGGAGUUUGUUGCCAAGGACCCUACUAUUGCACAGGAGGGCCGGGACCGCAUCUCAUCCGUUCUUUCUGAAUUCGGGUUUACGGCUGGUCCGGAGGGCCGCCAGGCCCAGAAAGUCGGCUCUCUGUCCGGUGGUUGGAAGAUGAAGCUGGCGUUGGCGCGUGCGAUGCUGCAGAAGGCCGACGUCCUGCUCCUGGACGAGCCGACCAACCACUUGGACGUUGAGAACAUUGCAUGGCUGGAGAAGUACCUAAAGAGCAACACCGAGAUCACGAGUUUGAUCGUGUCCCACGACUCGGGCUUCCUCGACGAAGUCACCACGGACAUCUACCACUACGAGCCGGGCAAGAAGCUCGCUCACUACAAGGGCAACCUGGCGACGUUUGUCAAGAUCCACCCCGAGGCCAAGAGCUACUACACGCUGUCCUCUAGCAUGGUGCAGUUCAAGUUCCCACCGCCGGGCAUCCUGUCGGGUAUUAAGUCGCAGACACGGGCCAUCGUGCGCAUGACCAACGUGUCGUUUACCUACCCUGGCGCUCCCAAGCCUUCGUUAACCGAUGCUUCGUGCCAGCUGACACUGUCGUCGCGUGUUGCCGUCAUUGGGCCCAACGGUGCGGGCAAGUCGACACUCAUCAAGCUGCUGACCGGCGAGGUCAUUCCCACUAGUGGCAAAGUCGAGAAGCACCCCAACCUGCGCAUUGGCUACAUCAAGCAGCACGCGCUAGAGCACGUGGAGAUGCACCUCGAGAAGACGCCCAACCAGUACCUGCAGUGGCGCUACCAGCACGGCGACGACCGCGAGGUGCACAUGAAGCAAACGCGCAUGUUGUCCGAGAAAGACCGCGAGCAGAUGGAAAAGUUCGUCGAGCUCGGGGAGGGCAUGGGCAAGCGCCAGAUUGAGGCUCUAGUCGGUCGCCAAAAGUACAAGAAGACAUUCCAGUACGAAGUUAAAUGGAGGUUCAUGCUGCCCAAGCACAAUACGAUGGUCACCCGCGAGACGCUGCUUGACCUCGGUUUCGACAAGCUCAUCCAGGAGUUCGACGACCACGAGUCAUCUCGUGAGGGUCUCAGCUUCCGUGACCUGCAGCCAGCGGUCAUCUCCAAGCACUUUGAGGACCUCGGCCUCGACCCGGAGAUUGCCAACCACAAUGAGAUCGGCUCGCUGUCCGGUGGCCAAAAGGUCAAGGUCGUCAUUGCCGGCGCUAUGUGGAACAACCCCCAUCUGUUGGUUCUUGACGAGCCGACUAACUUCUUGGAUCGGGACUCCCUCGGUGGCUUGGCCGUCGCUAUCCGCGACUUCAAGGGUGGUGUUGUCAUGAUUUCUCACAAUGAAGAGUUUGUCGGCGCUCUUUCCUCGGAGCAGUGGCAUGUCGAGGCCGGUCGGAUGACCCAUCGUGGCCACGCAACCAUCUCGCUCGACCGGUUCGAAGACGGCAGCCGGCCCGGCAGUGGCCGCACGACCCCCGGCAUGAUGACACCUGCUGGUGUUGCCACCCCGGCACUGUCGAGCAGUGUCGUAUCCAGCGCCGUCAACAGCGGCGUCGAGGACAACGCAACGGGCGAGCUCAAGUUCAAGGCCAAGAAGAAGAGAAAGAUGACCAAGAAGGAGCUCAAGGAACGCGAGAACCGCCGUCGCCAGCGCGAGAUUGUCUGGCUCAACUCGCCCAAGGGCACUCCCAAGCCGCUUGACACGGACGACGAGGAGGAGUAA